AUGAAUAAGUUCAUUAGUCAACAUAAUGGGUCAGUCAGGUUCUUUGACUGUCCUGAGUUUUCUGCUGUGUUAUCCCCGAAUUCGGUGGAGAUUUCUCAAAGUGGCGAUGGCUUAGAUUCUUCUUCUGUUACCAAGAAACUUGAGGAAGAACUCAAAAAGCUUGAUGCACUUAUAGAGAAGUUGCAUGAAGAGAAUGAGAAGCUAUUUGAUAGAAGCCUCAUUAAGUGCAUCUCCGCAGGAAUGAUAGUAACGAAGGACAGUCCACAUAUACUGUUCCUUUACCUUGGCUACUGCCAACUUGAUGGAACAGUUGCUUUGGCUAAAUCUAGCUCAGAGAUGGCCAAGACAACUACAGCAGUAGCAUAUCUCACAGCUUCUCUAAAUGACUUUGAUCCUGAACAACAAGACAGCGGUGCUGCAAUUUCAUAUGGAGCUAACAAGCUUCUAAUGUUGGUUCUGGCUGCUGUUAUUAAAGCUGGUGCUUGA